UGGUACCUGAGGCAGAUAUGCCAAGUGUCGACUGGAAACAGAAUUUCAUUUUAUUCAGUGAUGUCUGAUAAUGUACCCCCGAAUGGUGACGUUGGAAGUGUCCUGCUGUAUUUUAUAUAACUCUUCUUCAUUCUGACACGAGUAUUGAGAUCCGGUAGAAUUUUAUAUCUUCGUUCGUCCUUUGGCGCCAACAUGUCAUGGGCACGUUCUUGGCACCAUUGGCAUCCCUGGGGCAGUUGUUGAUAUAUAACAGGGGGCGAAGAACUGCUACCAAGUUAGUUGACGGUACACCUCAAGAGAGCGGGAAGUUGAACUCGUGUUAACGGGCUUCGGCCCUUUUGUAUUUUACCAUCUUAUCGCCAGCGGCUGUUCUACACAAGAAUCAUAAGAGAAGAGGCAGUCAGGAAGUUACCCGAGAUCGUUGACAGGACGCUUUUCCGUAUUUCCAGCUGACCAAGAAAGCUCAGUAGUAUUAUAUACAUUCCAUAGGACAACGAAAACGAAGGAACGCAACUUUAUUCAGCUUCGCUUUAUAAAGUAACAUCCUGCAAGUGAAGAAGAACCCUUUCAAGAGGGAGAGGACUUAGUUUCUAUAGAAGCGUGUAGCGUCUCGACUUCCUGAGGAAACCAUAUAAUCUAAGACAGCCUGGGAACAAGAGUAUAGCGCGAUGGAAGUACUGACCAAAUCGUUGGGCUGCAUACCUCGCACCCUUUCAAUUUGGUGCAUGUCUUGCAACCAACAAGUCGCACAUGCCUCCACAACCCAGAGUCACUGCACUCCACUAAAUCCCUCUGUGCACACCCACUCCACACCUACCACUCCAGCUACCCCUACCCCCCCUACCCCGACCCCGCCCCAGCACCCCAGAAUCAACCGAAGGACUGAACUGGAUUUUGAAGAACUCAGAGCUCUCCAGGUAGCGGGUGCCAUUUCCCUCAUCGAUGUGAGACACCCAACAGAAAUUGAGAAAUCGGGCGAGAUUCCUGGAGCCAUUAACAUCCCAUUGUGCAAGGUGAAGGUGGCUCUGCAACUGUCAGAAGAAGAAUGGGCCCGUGAAUUCUGCAUGGAGAAGCCAUGUAAACUGGACCGCAACUUGGUGUUCUAUGCCAGAGGCCCAAAUGCCUCAAGUGCUGCUGUUGAGAUUGCUCAUCGACUGGGCUUCAAAAAAUCACGCCAUUACAUAGGUGGAUGGGAAGAGUACUGCCGUAUGACAGGGCAGCCUAUUAAAAAGAGUCAUGAUGAUGCUUUUGGCACCAAUGGAAAUUUCUUUCAAGAUCGGUUUGAUCAGUACUUUCUGUAAGGGAGAGCUGGUACUCCAACAAUGCACUCCCUUUCUUAAGAAUUUUUGAGAUCUUAAAACUGUUAACAUGCUUCCUCAAAAAGUUUCUAUUGUGAAUAACAUUUCCUAAAGUCAUAUCAGUUUAUGCAUUAUUGUCAUCAUAUUGCAUACCUAUUUUAUUUUUAUAUGGAUUCAUCUUGCAACAUUUGUCUUGAUUUUUCAUACCCAAAAAUUGGUUUGAUUUUAGGAAUUAAUUUCAUGAGAGGAUCUUUUUGUAAAUCUACAACUGUAGGAAGAUCAGGAUUGGUCAAAGAAGUCAUUGCCCAUUUUGUAAGUGGAAGGUGAGCAUAUUAAUGAUUCAUAUGAUAAAGUCUUCAGCUCUUAGGAUUUAAAAUGAAAAUAGCAGCAAUGUGCAAAAGGUCCUACAUAUUUUUCGUAGUAGUGUAGCUCGGCAUAUAUAUCUUGUCACAUAUCUUGGUAGUUCAGAAGGAUUUUCUCUUUCCAUCUAAAGUUUUAGCCUGAGAAACUUGAUGUUCAAGUUAUUUUGGUGUGUUUGAGUCAUGAGAGGUUAAAAAAAAUUCUGUAUGAUAAUGUUAAGCUGAUUCAUUGGUAACAGUUCUGCCUUUAUUUAAAGAGAGAUUUUCCACAAGUUCAUUAUGUAUCACAGUGCAUUCUUCUUUAUAUAAUAUUUUAAAAAGUUUAUUUUUAUAUAUGUAUAUGUAUUUUGCUAAUUCUCUUUUUUGAGAAGGAUUGCUUUCUCUCCUCUUUUUUCUUCAUGUUCAUGCAUGAACAAAGGCUACACAGAUCCUUCUUAAUUUAAUGUUAUUUCCAGUAAUAUGAAGUCAUGAUGGGUUUCUUACUAUUUUGUUGACUGUGCUUAUAAACCAAAAUUUCAUGAGAAUUGGAAAUUCAAAGUGGUUUCUCUGUAAAUAUUUCCAGUUUUGUUAUUAAUGAACAUGUUAUUGUAGUAGGAUCCUUAAUUGUUGCACAAAGAAAGAAUAAAAAGGCUUGUAAGAAAUCUGAUCAUGAAUUUUAGAGGACUUAAGGAAUGGUGUGGAGAGAUAUUAAUGCACAAGGCACAGUUUGCACGGUAUUUGUUCUUCAGCGAUGGAUAUUUGUACGAGAGUAUUGGAAGGGGUGGUUUGAAGUGAUCAGAAUGAUUAAUGAUUGAGGAGUUUUAAAGGAUACUGAAUGUAGUUUGGCCAAGCAAAUACUACAUGAGUAAUAUGGAUUAAAGAGAUACGUAUUAAGAUUAGGUACGAUGGCCUCAUAGAACACGAGAUUGGUAAUGUGGAUUUUUUGGAUGUUUACAUGAGAUUUGGUAUAGUAGAACAAAGCUGGAAAUGUAUGUCUUAAAAAAAUGUUAUGCUAUUAGUAAGGAAAGUCCUCUGAACAUUACAUGAUCAUUUACCUAUCUUUUAAAAAGACAAGGCAUCCUGCAAACUUUCAAGGAGUAUGAAUACAGCAUAAAAAUCAUGAUACAUUUGCACUUGGCUGUAGGUUUCAUUAUGUAAAUCUUCUUAUAGGGAAUUGGGUUGCCUUGUUUUUUUUUUAUUUUUAGCCUGUGUGAUUCAAAAGUUGACAGGAUUUAGUAACCAUUCAUAAAGUGCUUUUCUGAUGAGUCACUUACAUAUUGUCCCUAAAUUAAGAAUCAUUUAGAGGACAUAUGUCAGAGACUGAUCAAUUAGGUAUGAAGAGUGAUAUAACUGAAGGCUUUGAUACCAGCAUUAUGCUUGUUAUUUGUUUUGAGCAUAAUGUAGGCUUUGAUGCUUUUCAGGCAAGAGAGGCCGAGAUAACAGUUUCUCUUACCAGUUGUUAUGGGAGGGACUUUCAUCUUAGAUAUUUUUGGAGUGGUAAAUUGGGCACUUUUUUCCCAAGACCAUGACUUUCCAGGAUAAUAGGUUGUGAAUGUUGAUUGUGAUGUAAGUUGUCAAGUACCAAGAAGUCAUGGUAUUGGGAACAAGCACCUUUAUUUUGUUUUGUUACUUGGUUGCUAAUGAGCUGUUGAUGGAUGACUUCUUUGUAAACCACUUUUGUUGCAGUUCUUGUAUUUGAACUGUAUUUCGUAAAUAACAAAAUUACAGUGCAAUAAGUUGAA